UUUACAACAACAACGAAUAACUACAAUAUAUCCACAUGUGGUUCCAUGCCGCUGUCUCUGCCUGUCAUUGUGCCAACAUUAACGAAACCGCAAGCAAUACGUCGUUGAAAAUAGACAAAUUGUUUUUCCGAAACGACCUUCGACCAGGGGGACGAACGAAGGAGAAAAGCCAACAGACAAGCUAAACAAAAACAACAUCGUCAUCAUACUCAUCGUCAUCCUGCUUAACCUAGACGGGGUGAACAAAUUUUAAAUGAAAAAGCAGCAAAGAGUAAGACUAACAGAGUUAUUAGGAGGACCACCAAGGAGGAAACCACAAAAUUUAGAGCUGCCAUCCACCAAGCCAACACGACCACCCUCAGUGCCCGGAGUGCAACGUAAGCGCCAGCGACAACGACUAAGACGACAACAACGGUGGCCACAAUUGUCAACGUGACUGAUGUCAGCAAGAAAGUGAUAAAGGCGCUUCAAAGUCUAAAAACAUGAGAAACAAGCGCAAUAAAAUACAGCUUAAGCGACACCAACAGCAACAGCAGGAGCAAGAGCAGCAGUCACCAACACCACUGUACCAAAAGCGAUUACUCAGGCGUCACUGUGAGCCGAAGCGUAAACCACCAAGCAACAUUCCAUCUGUGAAUUUUCAACUAAACCCGCAGCAAAAACAUUGGUCUGGGCAAAAAUUUGAAAUAUUUGUGAAAAGUCGACGAAAACAGGAACCACUGCCAAAGCCAGAAUCAAAUAUCCCGCCAUUGCCAACCUCCACGAAAAAGGAAACAGAAAUUCCAUACAGCGGGGUCCCGGUCAACAACAGUCUCUAUUGGAAACGGUUUUUGCAGCAUACCCCCAACUCCUUAUCACCAUUCGGCUGGCUCUGGCGGUUGGUUGUGGUCUUUACGCUGCUUUGUGAAAUGCCUCCCCUGGUAUCUGCCGACUGGCUAAUGGAUUGCGGCGAUUGUCAUUGCAAAUGGAAUUCCGGCAAGAAAACCGCUGACUGCAAAAAUCUUACCCUCUCCUCGGUGCCGGAGAAUCUCAGCAAUGAGGUGCAGGUGCUGGACUUGUCAUUGAAUCGCAUUGUCUAUUUGGAGGAGAAUGCCUUCCUCACCGCGGACCUCACCAAUCUGCAUAAGCUGUACAUACGCAAUAGCUCGUUGCAGCACAUUGACCCGCGCACCUUUACCCAGCUGGAAAUUCUCAUUGAAUUGGAUUUGUCGAAUAAUUUGCUGAGAGUUUUGCAGGCCAAUGUUUUUGCCCGCUUGGUCAAAGUACGAGCCAUAGUCUUGAAUGGCAAUCAGCUGGAAGCAUUGGGUGAUGGAAUUUUUCAAAAUUUAAAAUAUCUCCACAAAAUCGAGUUGAAGGACAAUCGCCUGGUGAAGAUUGCCAACCAGGUUUUUGUGAAUGUUCCGCUGCUCUCGCAAAUCUACAUGAACAACAAUCGCCUGAGUUUUUUGCGCAAGGAAAGCUUUGAAUAUAUUAAACGUUUAACAGCUCUCUCCUUGGAUGGCAAUCCCUGGAACUGCACCUGUGAGUUGCAGAUCUUUCGUGACUUUGUUUUGAGGCGGAAUCUCUACACUCCACCCACGGCCUGCUACUAUCCAGCGCAGCUGAGAGGUAUGCUCUGGAUUGAGGACCAGCCCGAGGCCUUUGCCUGCAAGCCACGCAUCAUAUUUCCUGCCAAAGGGGCUUCCAUCAAUACCUCCAAGGAAAAUGUUACUCUGGUGUGUCGAGUCCAUGCCUCGGCCAAUACCCACAUUGCUUGGGAUUAUAAUAAGCAAGUCUAUCGCAGUACCAGCUCCAAUGGCCAACAACAGUCGCCACAACAACAACAAAGGGUCUUCAUACAAAUCAUUCAAGAUGAUCAGUCUAAGGAGAAGGAAUUCGGCCGCAAUGUCUACAUAUCACGCCUCACCAUUUUGGGUGCGGAAAAGUCAGACGAGGGUACCUACACUUGCAUUGCCGAAAAUGCCGGAGGCAAAGACUCCGUCCAAAUGAGUCUGCUGGUGCAAAAGCCCAAUGCACGCGAUAUGCUGCAAGGCAAUUUGGCUGCGGUCAUCUCGCUAAUGGCUUUGGGUCUUUUGAGUGUUUCGAUUUUCCUGGCCAUGGUCACCUGUUGCAUUUAUAAGCGCUUUAUAGCCUCGACGGCAUCACAUCACCAUCGCCACCACCACCUCGAUUUAAGUGGCAAUGAUCCGUUGACAUCUCAUGGCACAGUUGUGGCCAAUCAUGGUACCACCAAUGUGGUGGCUGGCAAUACGGACGUCAUGCUGGGUGUCGUCAACGGCAUGGUUGUUGAUGGAGGCGACACCAUGAAGUAUAAGAAACACCAACAAACGUCGAUUAAUGGCGGCAGUACCAUAAUUAAAGAUAAAUAUACCGAACUUCUAAAACAUAAUAGUGGCAAUGGAGGUAUGGACCUGAGCGGCGGUGGACCAGGUGUGGGUGAUGUUAUGGGCACUGGAAAUUCGCCCCUAAUGGAGAGUGGCGGCAAGAAGGCAGUAAGCUGUGAUGUGCAACUAGGUCAAAUGGAGAAAAAGUACUAUGAGCAUAACAAUGAUGAUAUGCUCACUAUUAAAUAUCCACAUGGAAGAGCUGCGGCGGCGGAAGUUUGUGCGGCAGUCACAGGAAGCGCUGGUCAUUCGGAGGGCCUAACGCAGUCUAAUGAUGGUUUAUUAAAUACCAGUGGAACGGUGGACUUUCAACCAGAUUUGCUGCCAGCCUAUGCGAGUCAGAAAGCCAACAGCAUACAUCAACAACAACAACAACAGCAGCAUCAAAGUCAACAGCAGGACUUUAUGUAUAGUCCUGUGGCAACACCCGGCUCAACCAAUUCAACCACCACAAAGACAAUAAAUUCCAACGAAGACCAACAAAAACAGCAACUACAGCUCCAUCAAUUUGCCCUUAGCAGCUCAACGACUUUGCCCCCUAGCAGCAAUGGGGGAGGAACUGGUGGUGGUGUCGGCAGCCGCAGUAAAUACAAUACCAGCGCUCAAGACUAUUUGCAGAACAAAUUUGGUUCCAUGAGUAGAAAACAGCAGCAAACAAAAAGUCAGGAGAAACUAAGUGCCGGCGCCAGUAGUUCCCUAAACUUGACACGAACUUCUCCAGUCUCCGAUAUCCAAACACGCCCCACCAAGUCCCUCUUUAUGCCACAGCGCACUGUUUGCAGUGCCACCACAACGGCCACCCCCACCGAUACGACGAGCUCCUACGAAUAUCGUCAACCGCCUCCCCCACCCUACAAUGCGGCGCAUCGCACCACGGGCAAUCUGUUAUUAUCACGUCGUACCAGCUUCACCAAUCACCACGACCCCCAAAGUGAGGACAAUAACCGAAAUAGCCACACCAAAGACCAGGGCUAUCGGGAGAGCGGUAUAGCGGCAGUCUACGAAACAACUACGGCCCGUCAGACCAUUGUGACAGCCUCGCCAUCGAUGAGUUUUCCCACAACCAUAACGGGCUUCAAUACGAAUUCGGCUAGCAUUUCGCCACGACGACAAUUGCUGUGAUAAAUUUAUUUUUAGGCAAACAAAUCCUAAAGCAAAAACACAAAAACUCUGAAGGAGCAGAAGACGAAGAACUGAAAAAGACUUGAAUGAGAAUUAUAUCGAAAAAAAAAAACCAAACAAACCCAAAGUAAUGAGGUAUGAAUACAUACCCCUCCCUCACAGUGCUGUUUGCCAACUAAAGGAGGAGCCGCCUCAGGAGGAGCUAGCUCAAAGAGGUGUCAUUAAGUUGCCCAAACGGUAGACUUUUGUGGUGUAGUCGUGGGUGAGAGAUUGCGGCAAAGUCAACAAGUUUUCACCCAAGGCCACAGCCGUGACUGCAGGCACCACAAAUGCCUUGCCACACCACACCCACACAUAUACAUUGCCAAAUGAAUGACUGACAACAUUUGCAAAGAGGUGACAAGCAUAUCGUUAUCAUCGUCCUCAACAUUUCGGGGAUAGUGGAAAAGUUUGAUUCCCUUGAGCCAACACUAACCGCCACUGGCAGCACUAGCAGGCGUUGCACCAACAAUCCCCCAGUUGUUGCCUGCCAAUUCAAACAGCAGAAAUGUGGAUGACAGAAUGAUAACUACUUGACUGUGGCGGCUCAUGCGAAAGGACCAUUUGAUGAUGACCCAAGGAGUAACAACGGAACUUAUUCAGUCGUCGUCGUCGUCGUCGUCACCGUCGCCAGUGACCUGCAGCAUUAUUUAUUAGGCAUAAUUGGAUAUGCGAAAAACGGGUCAUCAUCAACGCAGGCUGGAGAAUCGCCACAACCUCCACAAUCACCAUCAACAUCUUCACCGCAGUGAGCAGUUUGGGCCGGAGGUACUCAAUAUCCAGCUAGAGGAGGAUGUGCUAAAUUAAUGGGUUACUCUAUAUUUACGAAUAGUUUAAGAAAGACAGAUCCAGGUGCCAUCUGGGAAUAUUCCAUUUGCAUUUGCACAUUUGACAAUCGCCGAAGUGGUAUUAAUGCCAUGUGCGAACUUUUGUCAGUUUGUGGUGAAAAAAAAAAAUCGCAAGCAUUGACAUAAAUAUUAAAAGGAUAAUGGCAUUGGCAAGGGAUCUACAAGUUUUGGGUCAAAAAAAGUUAUUAUUUUUUUUAGUUUUUCUUUAAGUCAGGCAACGGAGGCAAAAAAAAUCAU